CAGAAAUGUAGUCCUCCUAAAGAACUACAGUACGUAUUCUUCUCUUUUCGUGUCAACAACCAGAAGUGGUCUAACAACUAUAGUCUACAAUCAAGUAAUAACGAGGAGAUAUUUGGCCAGUGUUUGUGUUGGUCUGAGGUGGUGAUCAGCGUCAUGGAGAUGGUUAUGAACAUCCUGAUGAUACCAGUACCAGGUGGAGUAUCUGUGCCCCUGUUCAUGAUCUUCCUGGCUCUGCUCUACUGGUAUGCUACAUUCCCCUAUUCAGCCCUGGCUCGAUGUGGAAUCAGGCACCCCAAACCGUCCCCGUUCUUUGGGAACAUGUUUCUAUUUCGUCAGGGACUACUUCACAGCCAGGCUAGCCAUCACAACAACACAAAACAUUAUCCCCUCAGAAGACAGGAGGCUGCAGCACAUGCGACAUGUGCCAAGAGUAAGGUGCAUCUAGUGCACAGACAGGGAGGCAGUAAGUAUACACACUGCAGUAGACAAAGGCUUAACAAAACCCAUAGUACACACACACACGCCAGGGUCAAACCAUUGGUCCGCAUGUGAAUACAAAUGCAUGACUGCAGGGAACCUCUUACAGGUUACUCUCUUAUAGGGAUGAACAUGCUGAAGUAGACAAGUGUUCUGUGUUUUGGAUUCUUUGAGAAAACGUCACUUAAAAUUGCAGCUCUUCUCCUGUAUGCUUUUAGUGCAAUACUGGCAGUCUGUUUUAUUCAAAUAUGCAAAUGAUGCCGAGACCACAUACUGAGAAAAAAUAAUAUUACGUGUUUGCCUUCUCUCUCUCCCUUAGUUCUGGUGCCGAUUUUAACAAAGCAUCCCCACAACACGUUUUCCAACAGUUCAACAUCCGACUGGUUGUGUCAUUUUAAUUCAUAAGAGAUAAGAGAGGGCUCCUACAGUGGGACAAACAAGCAUCUGUACCGGGCUCAUAUUCAGAAAGUGUAUUAGAGUGCUGAUCUAGGAUCAGGUUCCCUCUGUCUACACAAUCACAUUCAUUAUGAUCUAAAAGGGUACAAUUAUUAAGUGUGGUUGAAUUAAGUGUGCUCAGCUACGUUGCAGUAGGCCUACCAUGGAUUCAUUCCCCAGAUCGAUGUGAAAGGAACUGAAUGCUCUGAGUCUAAAAUCAUAGUGGCUGAUGUUUUGUAUUAUAGAGCUGUGAUGAGUUAAGCGCUCUCUCACACGCACGCACGCACGCACACACACACACACACACACACACACACCUGUUUGUUUUACUGUCCUUGUGGAAACCAAACAAUUGAUUCCCAUUCAAAAUCCUAUUUUCCCUAACCCCCUAAACCUAACCCUUAACCUUAAACCCAGACCUCUAACCCUAACACCUAAAUGUUUUUCCCUGUGAGGACUGGCGAAAUGUCCCCACAAGGAUAGUAAAACCCAAAACACACACAAGCACACACACACACAGGCCUUGAGACAGGAACUGUUUGAGCAGAUCAAUAGUGAAGAGCGAUGCACAGCAGAACUGAAACCGUCACUUCUCCUUCUUUCUGUCAGUCUGUCAAGCCUGUUGUUCUGUAGAAGAUUGCGAACAAGUCAACUGGAAGAAGAUGAAAAGCAGUUUUUCAGAUAAAACGACUCGUUUGUAUGGAGAAGCACGCAGUUCAAAAAGCGUGUGUUUUUAAGGAACCAUACUCACAUACCCUCUCUCUCACACACACACACACACACACACACACACACACACACACACACACACACACACUUUGCAUUUCCAGUAUCCUGUUGGUCAGGGAUCAUAGUUCAGGGUAAAGUUUUAGCAAUUUAUUAAGAUGUCAGUCAUGUGUCAAUGUUAGCAUCUGACACAGUAAUGUGAAGGAGUCUGUGGUUGUUAAGGCGUGUCAGACAAAUCAAUGCAGCUGUCGUCGUGUGCUGCUAGGGUGUUUCUUUGAAGUUUACACCAGUAGCUAAGACAACGGACAGUGCUUAUUUAGCAGAUGUCAAUCAGCUACCCACAGAGAAUCACAUCAUUUCAUUAUAGCAGAGAGAAUGGAUAAGAUGUCACCAAAGCCUCUCAUAUAAAAUGAUCAAUUAUAUAGAAUCUCAGUUGGUUCCUUUCUAAUCUUUCUUUUCAGGGCUUUUUCGGUGUUCACCUGGACCUGAUUCACAAGUAUGGGAGAGUAAUGUGGAUACUAUCUAGGCCGGAGGCCCGUGGUGGUAGCUGACCCUGACAUGCUCAGACAGAUCAUGGUAAAGGACUUCAGCACCUUCCCUAACAGAAUGAUUCUCCCUCCAUUUCAUUCGGUAGACGAUCCGAGCUGCCACUAAGCCCAUGAGUGACUGUCUGCUGAUGCUGAGGAACGAGCACUGGAAGAGAGUACGCAGCAUCCUCACCCCCUCCUUCAGCGCAACCAAGAUGAAAGAGAUGGGUCCUCUGAUCAACAUGACCACGGACACCCUGCUCACCAACCUGCUUGGACAUGUCCAGUCUGCAGAGAGCUUUGACAUUCACAGGUGUUUUGGCUGUUUCACCAUGGACGUGAUAGCUAGCGUGGCCUUUGGCAUCCAGGUGGACUCUCAGAAGGACCCAGAUGACCCAUUUGUUCACCCCGCCUGGAAGUUCUUCUCUUUCUCCUUCUUCAGACCCAUCAUGUUCGUCUUCUUUGCUUUCCCAUUCCUGGCUCCACUGGCCCGGGUCAUCCCCAACAAGAGGAGGGAUGAGAUGAACAACUUCUUCAUCAACUGUAUCCAGAAGAUCAUCAGACAGAGAGAUGAGCAGCCUGUUGAAGAGCGGCGGCGAGACUUCCUGCAGCUGAUGCUGGACACGCGCAGCACCAAGGAAUGUGUCUCUCUUGAACACUUUGAUGUGGUGAACCAUGCUGAUGAACUGGCCCACACACACCACUCCGGGGAACAAGGAAAUGGUGGCGCCGGCAGCCACGAGUCGCCCAACAGGCGCUCGGUCCAGACCCAGAAGAGGAUGAUGUCGGAGGAUGAGAUAGUGGGCCAGGCGUUUGUGUUCUUCCUGGCGGGUUACGAGACCAGUAGCAACACGCUGGCCUUCACCUGCUACCUCCUGGCUCUACACCCAGAGUGUCAGACUGCAGGCUGAGGUGGAUGACUUCUUCACCAGAUAUAUUAUACCAAUGUGCAGGAUCUGAAAUAUCUAGACAUGGUCAUAUCCGAGGCUCUGCGUCUCUAUCCUCCUGGUUUCAGGUUUACCCGGUGACGUAGACGAGGACUGCAUGGUCAAUGGACAGUUCCUACCGAAGGGAGCCACUCUGGAGAUCCCUGCAGGCUAUCUGCAUUAUGAUCCAGAGAACUGGCCCGAACCAGAGAAGUUCAUCCCUGACAGAUUCACAGCGGAGGCCAAGGCCAGCAGACACCCUUUUGUGUACCUGACGUUUGGGGCGGGGCCCCGAAGCUGUGUGGGCAUGAGGCUGGCCCAGCUGGAGAUCAAGAUGGCCCUGGUGCACGUCUUCAGGAAGUUCAACAUCGUGGCCAGCACAGACACUAAGGUGGGUUCGACCUGCGAUGGCCCUGGUGCACGUCUUCAGGAAGUUCAACAUCGUGGCCAGCACAGACACUAAGGUGGGUUCGACCUGCGAUGGCCCUGGUGCACGUCUUCAGGAAGUUCAACAUCGUGGCCAGCACAGACACUAAGGUUCCUCUGGUUGAAGUCUCACACCACGCUCGGUCCUAAGAAUGGCAUCUAUGUCAAAAUCACUAAAAGAGAGACAGAGAGAGAACCAGUGACUCCCCCUGCACAAAAAGAAUAGAAGCUCUGUUCUCCUUUAUCGGCUCUUAUGAAACUGAUACAUCAUCCAUCCAAUGACUGCUUAUGUGAAGUAGCGCUAACCUAGCCUGGUCCCAGAUCUCUUUUUGCUGUUUUGCUAACUUCUAUGGUCAUUCUCACCGGUUUGGUGCUAUCCCUUUAGAUACUAGGACUGGGCUAGCAUUAACCUCUUCUUUAACUAGAAAAUCUCAAUGCACGUGCCUAUCCCUGAGGGAAGUUGACAGAGGAGCAGCAGCAUUACUAUGGUAAAUGACCAUUAGCACAUGAAAAGUGAGGUUGGGCCAGGGGCGGCUCACCUUUUUAAUCAGGCAGUGUGCUGGACAGAGGUCAACACCUCAUCAAGGCCCCCGAGGCCCCUGCCAAUGGCACAUCGAUCGCCACGGUGAUUCUGCAGGACUAGCGAGAGAGAGAAAGAAGCAGGCUGGGGGAAAUCACAUUGCUCAUGUCUCCGCCCUAACAAUGGGAGUUUCGUUGUCCCGAAGGCGGGAAGGCAGACGACAAGCAUAAGUCCAAAAUAAGCCCAUAGAAACUGGCUUAUUUUGGCGAGAGUGAAACCUCUCGCUUCGCCUCUUCCUCUCUGGUUGGGGGGAGAGGUGCAUGGAAAAGACUAUGGAAAAGGCUGUUCUGAUUACAAUAGAACAACAACACACUUUGACCUCUGUAUGAAUUCAUAUUGGAGUAUUGAUGUUAACAUGCCCGUGAACUAUUAAAUCAUCACUGUAUGUCUAAUAAA